CGAGGUGGUCAGUACAACCCAAUCGCUCGGCCGGGAGUGAGCGAGAACCACCGACCUCAAGGGAAACACCACGAGCAUUGAGCUCGAGCGAGAUUAGUUCACAAAGUGACAACAACAAACCCCCCACCAGCUACCUUCCCCGGCCGUUCGGUUUGCGGGAGUAAGACAGGAACGAGACGUCGGGUUGUUUUGCCGUUUCCCGGAGCCGUUUCCGAGCCACGGCCGCGAUCUCGCGAUCGCGAACCCGAUCUCAAUUCGAGCUACUUUCUCUUUUCGAGCUUUCGAGUGCGCGCGCGCGGUUCCAUCGUCACAUCGAUCGUCGCAUCGAUCGUGCGCACAUCGCGAGGAGAUCAGAUCAUCGCGCUCCAUUCAUUGCAUCACCAGCGUCGAUACAUCGGACGUGUAGGGUUACGAUUACGAGCCGCACAGUAGUGGAGAAGACAGGGCGUACUUUAGUUCGGCGUAGUGUUUGUUUUUUUAAUUAAAUAUAUAUACACCUCUUCGGUCGCGCGAGUAGUGCGCUCCCGAUAUAUCUCGAUCGUGUGCUGCCGUGCGGUGAAUGAGCUUGUUUGGCUUACGACGAGUCUGUGCCAGCGCGUGCCAUCCGUCCGUCCGCGCAAGAGGUCCGGCUCCUCAUCGAUAUAGUUGUUAUUCGGUUGCCCUUAAGGGAGUAAAGAGAAAAACUCAACCCAACGGUAAACGGGACAAACUUCCGACGAUCGCGGUGUAAAACACUAGUGUGGAAUUUGAAAGUAAAACCGUGUGGCCAAGAGGAAAGGAAAACGUCGCAAAAUGAGCGCGUUCAGUUCGUUGGCGUUUUCCGCGGUGGAAAUCACCAACCUGCUCCCGCUGACGGCAGUGAUCGUGUGCAUCGGGGCCACGAUCAUGUUUCUGAUCAAGGCCGCCGUGAUACUCCGGGUGCAGGCCGAUGACGUUUUGAGGCCGUCGAACGUAGCGCAGCAGAACCACAACGUGCACGUACCGCGGCUGAAAAUGACCCGGGUCCACAUACCGUUCACAUUUCGGCUGCUCGACGCGGGAAACAAUUCCUUCGAUGAGGUUCGUCUAGCGGUGUCCAGCCAGGUGAGGUACUCGCUGCAGGCGUUCUGGGGCGUUUCGAUCCGGGAGCUGCACGUCUCGCUGUGGCGCACCUGGAACGAUCUGCGGAAGGCGUCGAGCUCGCUCAUCGUCGACUCCAGCUACUGUCAGCAACUGGCAACUAACGUAAGAUGCUGUCAGCCGCACUCGGAACACAUAAUCGCGCUACAGUCCCCGAAGCCACCGCUGAUCUUGGGCGCUCCCCCGCGGUUGGCCUACCCACUGGUGGUGUUUAUGAUUCGCGAAACCGAACCGGACGAGCUGCUGCAUCCCGAUGAGACGGUGAUUCUGGUGAAUGUCGUCCACCUGCGUGACCCCGUCUGCCCGCUACCGACGUCGAUUCUGGCGCAGUAUCUGAAGCAAGCGAGCGGUCAACUGUCUUGUCUGAAGCAACUGUACCUGGCCACCGGUGAUCCGAUGACGGCGGACGAAGGAAGUGGCGGACCAACGGCAACCAGUGCUGGAGGAUCGAACAAUGGUGGUGCCGGUGGUAGUGGUGGCAGUAGCGGAGCAAGCAGUGGUGUCCCGACCGGAACACUUUCACUCGCCGAACCGGUGGCCUGUGCCGGGAACAACGAGCCGCUGCUCUGUUCCGACUCGGCACCCCGGGACUGCCCGGUCGGAGAGCAACUGUGCGUCGUGUGCCAUUACUUCCCACUGUCCCGUGCGCUGCUUCCGUGCCGACAUACGUGCAUCUGUGCAGUUUGUUUCUCCAAACUGGACCGGUGUCCAAUGUGUCGUGCAACAAUUACGAGCUACUUCUGUAUACGAAACGAGGAAUAUCUACCGGCUAAUACGACAAACGAGCUUAAGGUCAACAGCAAACCGAAAGGAACCGUUCACUGGCUGGACGCACUGAACGAUCGGUUAACCGAUUUUCUCGGCUUUCGGUGAAGCCCGCCGUAGGAGACGGCGAAAUUGCAAACGAUACGGUGGGGCAGGUUCCGGAAUGGAUGUCGGCGAGAGGAGAACGUCUGGUAGGGGUUGGUUUGGAUGGAUGCUGUUAAAUUUUACUAUCCGCGUCGCCGCAGUGCCCUCGCCCCAACCACUAUGGUUUCUGUGUAAGCAGGAGAUCGUCUGCAUCUCAAUCCCGCCUCGAUCGCCGAUGAGUGUCUUCCGCUUCAAUUCCUCAAGAUGACUUCAUAGGAGACACUGCUCCUCAACACUCGCCGAUGGAAGGAAAAACAUUUAAUUAUGAAAUAUAUUAUUACUCGCUAAGUAUUAGAUAACUGUCGGUGCAAUGUUCGCACAUGUGGAGGUACCGUACCGUUGCGUUGUGCCGUUCGAAAGGAAGAAGGUUUAUUUUAUCGAAACUCAAGACAACCGGAGAUGAUCGGUCGAACUACUAACGGGAGGGUAGAACUUUAUCGGUUCAAAUUGUCCUUUUUCAUUUGAUGUGUUUAAGAAAACUAUUGAACAGUUUCGAAGAGGAUUAUUUCUUUAGCUGUGAUUUUUAAAAUGAGACCGUAAGUGAUGUGUUACAAAAAGGGAGAAAAAAAUAUGAAUGAAGCAGAAGAAAGGGAAAUCUUUAUCCACGGAUGACUGAUUUGUGUUUUAAAUAAAGAGAAAUAAUAAGCUGUGAAUCGAA